CUGUUAGCGAUAGGAGAGCUAAUACUACACCACUUCUCUGUUACUGGCUGCAAACGUACAGUUACAUCUGUGUAGGCGGUUUAUUAUACAGACACUCCCCUUUUUUCAGAAACCCCAAUCGUUGAAUGUCUUGUGUACACAUUUAAAAUAUAUAUAUUUUUUAAAAAUCGCCCUUUAAAGCCAAUAAAUACAUAAACUCCACUUCGCCUGCAUUCCUCGUCGCCUACAUAUUAUUUGAUAACUGAUAUGGAUAUAAUGGAGGGCAGGAACAAGAAAGUGAAGCUGAGCAGCAAACUGCAGAACUGGGGAAUGCAGAGAGCAACUAAUGUUACGUAUCAAGCACACCAUGUUAGUAGGAAUAAGAGAGGACAAGUCCUGGGGACAAGAAGUGGUUUUCGUGGUUGCACAGUGUGGCUAACAGGCCUUUCUGGUGCUGGUAAGACUACAGUGAGCAUGGCAUUGGAGGAGUAUCUAGUGUGUCACGGUAUUCCCUGCUACACCCUUGACGGAGACAACAUCCGCCACGGACUUAGUAAAAAUCUUGGAUUUACUCAGGAAGAUAGGGAGGAAAACAUACGACGUAUUGCAGAAGUAGCCAAGCUGUUUGCUGAUGCUGGUCUUGUGUGUAUUGCAAGUUUUAUAUCCCCUUAUACAAAGGACCGAAAUAAUGCACGGCAAAUUCAUGAAGGGGCGAGCCUACCGUUUUUUGAAGUGUUUGUGGAUGCCCCAUUGUAUGUUUGUGAGCAGCGAGAUGUGAAGGGUCUGUACAAAAUGGCCAGAGCUGGUGAAAUCAAAGGUUUCACUGGGAUUGAUGCCGAAUAUGAGAAGCCUGAAGCACCUGAAUUAGUCCUGAAAACCGAUUCCUGUGAUGUAAACGAUUGCAUUCAACAAGUGGUGGAACUUUUGCAAGAAAGGGAUAUUGUGCCUGUAGAUGCAUCUUAUGAAGUGAAGGAGCUGUAUGUGCCUGAAAACAAACUUCAGCUUGCAAAGACUGAUGCUGAGACAUUGCCCACACUGGAAAUCAAUAAGGUUGACAUGCAGUGGGUACAGGUUCUGGCAGAGGGCUGGGCAACUCCACUUAAUGGCUUUAUGCGAGAAAGGGAGUACUUGCAGUGCCUUCAUUUUGACUGCUUAUUGGAUGGGGGAGUGAUCAAUUUGUCAGUGCCAAUUGUGCUGACUGUGAAUAAUGAUGAUAAGCAGAGACUUGAUGGAUGCACAGCAUUUGCUCUUGUAUAUGAAGGAAAGCGAGUUGCCAUUCUGCGUCAUCCAGAGUUCUACGAACAUAGGAAAGAAGAACGCUGUGCCAGGCAAUGGGGGACAACUUGUAAAGAACACCCAUACAUUAAGAUGGUGAUGGAGAGUGGUGAAUGGUUGGUUGGAGGAGAUUUGCAGGUCCUAGAUCGAAUUUAUUGGGGUGAUGGGUUGGACCAGUACAGACUCACACCUGCUGAGCUGAAGCAAAAGUUUAAAGACAUGAAUGCUGAUGCAGUGUUUGCCUUCCAACUGCGCAACCCGGUACACAAUGGUCACGCCUUACUUAUGCAGGACACCCAUAAACAGCUGUUGGAACGAGGCUACAGACGUCCUGUCCUCCUCCUUCACCCACUGGGAGGUUGGACUAAAGAUGAUGAUGUCCCACUGAUGUGGCGUAUGAAGCAGCAUGCAGCUGUCUUAGAAGAAGGAGUGCUUGACCCAGAGACUACAGUGGUUGCCAUAUUUCCAUCUCCUAUGAUGUAUGCAGGCCCAACUGAGGUUCAGUGGCAUUGCAGGGCAAGAAUGGUGGCUGGUGCUAAUUUCUAUAUUGUGGGUAGAGAUCCUGCAGGAAUGCCACACCCUGAAACUGGAAAGGAUCUGUAUGAGCCUACACACGGUGCCAAAGUUCUAACCAUGGCUCCUGGGCUUAUUUCACUGGAGAUUGUUCCAUUCCGAGUAGCCGCUUAUAACAAGAAGAAGAAGUGGAUGGACUAUUUUGACUCUGCACACCCUGAAGAUUAUGAGUUUAUUUCUGGAACCAAAAUGCGUAAACUAGCUCGCGAGGGUCAAAAUCCCCCUGAUGGCUUCAUGGCUCCAAAAGCCUGGUCUGUGCUGAAGGAAUAUUACAAAGCUUUAGAGAAGGCUUAAAAAUUCAACACCUUUUGUUCGUAACCUGAAUGGACCAUGGAUAUUAUGAUUUGUAUUGUUUUGGGUCUUCUUUUACUUUUUUUGAUAAGGGCCAUCUUUUAAACAAUUUUGAAAAUGAUGAUUUUAAUCAAAAUUCUAUUCCCUUUUGUACUGUUCUCUCUCUUUACAAUUUGUAUUAUAGCAACUCUUUGAAUUAUGUGCAAACUGCUUGUACUAACAAAAAAUUAUAAAUUUGGGCUAAAGCUGAGAGAUUACUAAUCAUUCCACACUCCUGGAGUUAAUUUUAAGUGCAAUUGAUCUUUUUAUCCAAAGAUAAUUGUAUUUAUAUAGUGUGUACUUGUAUGCGUGUUUAUAACUGUCUAUAUGAAUUUACACACAUACACAGGCACAAAUUACAUGUAUGCAAAUAUAUGUACUGUAUGUAUUUAUAGAUGUGCGCAAAUAACUGAAGGCCUAAAUUAAUGGAGUAUGUUUGUAUAAAUGGUAAAUUACUGUGUACAGGUAUUCUUUAAGGUCUGUCCCAAGAUUGUUACAAAUAUCAAUUAUGUAUUCUUAUAUAAUUAUAUUUCUAUAUAUAGAGUUUUCAAUCAGCUGGAAUAUUAAGACUGUCAGUCAUUUCAAAAUCAAUAUUUUAAUUAAAACUGUACAAUAGUUGUAUGGUUAUGUAAUACUAGUUUUAUGGUCCCAAAAGAAAUAUUUAACAGUUAUGAAUUCCACAGCUAGACUGAACUUUAAGGCUGAAACAUUUUUUUUUUGUCUGUAAACUGAAAAUACUUGGGGACCUGUAUGUCAUAUAUCUUCUUUUUAGGAGAUCUGGUAAGAACACAUUGUACUACUUCUAAAUGUUUAGGGUUAAAACAGGACAUUACAAAUUAGAAAACACAGGUAUUUGUACAGCCCAAAUGUGUCAGUUUUUUCACGAUUGGUGGAUGUAGAUAUAUACUGAAAAGCUAUACUAGAGGCUGGCUUCUAUAAGUUUAGUAUUGUUUUACAGAGUUCUAUGCUAAAAAAUUUUUUUUAUAGUAUUACAUUUGUGUUUUAAUUAACAUGCCCCUUUUGAAGUAAGAGCCAAUUAUCAUUGUGGUGUUAAUAUUGUAUAUGAUUGCAUUUUUUUUUUGGUGUGGUGGGUGUUGCAAAUUGGAAAAAAAUCUUUUUUUGAAGCUUGCCCCUAAAAUGCAGAUUAGCGCAAUGUCACCCUAUAAAUACUGUUCCAAUUGGUCAAAGCACAGAGUUGUUCCCAUUCCCUAAGGAAAUGUGUCUACUACUUCUUGUUAAUAGAUAAAAUGCAACUAAGAGUAAAAGAAAAUCACAAUAUAUGAUGUGUUACUUGAUUGUGGGACAUUUUUCUCUUAGGGAAAUUCAGUUAGCAAGACUUUUUACAUUGCUGCCAAAAAGCAAAUUCCUACAUUUUGUGAAAACACUUGGCUCAUUGUUAAUUUUAUAUAUUUUACAAGUCUUUUUUUUUUUUUUUCUUUUAAUACAUUUUUAUUAUCUUAUUUCUAUCUACAGUGUUUUUUUUAAUAAUUUAUGUUUUUUCUUUGUAACAAGAAUGUUUCUUGUAAUAACUUUAUUAUAUCUUCAUCAAGAAUGUGUUAUUUUGUCAGCCUUAUUAAUGUUCGCUAUCCAACAUGUUUUUACUCUGCUGCUUUUCAACUAAAAUAUUAAAUCUUCAACUGAUCCUUUUUUACUUA